GAAGAAGAAGAAGAAGAAGAAGAAGAAGAAGAAGAAGAAGAAGAAGAAGAAGAAGAAGAAGAAGAAGAAGAAGAAGAAGAAGAAGAAGAAGAAGAAGAAGAAGAAGAAGAAGAAGAAGAAGAAGCUUUGUUAUUUGAUGCGCAGCUUGAAAAAGAGGAUUUGCAGGCUGCCAUCCUAGCAGCGGUAACGGCUGAAAGGGAAAGCAUGGAAAAAACUCACGACCAAGAAAAAGAAUUAUGGCAAGCCGAGAGAGACAAAGAUCGUGAGAAGAUUGCUCAAGCGGUAGAAGAAGCAGUGGAACGGCAAAAACAGAAAUCCGAAGAAAUGGUAAAAGCAGCAAUCCUAGAAGAACAAAAGAAAAGUGAGAAAGCUGUAGAAGAAGCUGUGAAGCAAACGAGGGAAGAACUGAUGGAAUAUAUCAAGGAGCAGAAAAGACUGGAUCAAGUGAUCCGUCAGCGAAGCCUUUCCAGCUUGGAAUUGUUCCUCUCUUGUGCUCAGAAGCAGCUGAGCUGUUUACUGCAGGAAGAGGUCACCGUGGCAGAGACAGCAGGACAGAAUCCAUAAGGUGGAUCAAUUCUCUCAAAAGGCCCUGGAGACCAGAUGGAGAACUAGGAUCCAUCAGCCGGUCACGUUUGUGUUUUGAUUAGAUGUUCAGAAUCUGUACUGCAGUCCUUGUAAAGCUACCGGUUGUGUGAAAUCUUGUCAACCGCUCCCACGUAAUUUUAACAAGAAAGGCAGUCAUGGGCAAAUCUCAGUAAAACAACUUAUUCCCAAAAUAGGUACAUUUGUCAUUUACAAACCUAAAGCUUCUUUUUUUUUUUUUUUA